UUGCCAGGUAACAGGAAGCACCGGAAGUGAGCCCGGGCGGGACUUCCGGACACGUUUUGUUGAUGGUUGCAUCAGAAUCUGAUCAGCAGAAGAGAGACAGAGAUGGAAGCAGCUGGAGAAUCUAUGGCUCGGAGCUACCAGUCCAUUGUCGACAUUAGCGACCAGAAGGCCCAACUGUCCGUGUUACACGAUUACCUCAGCCACCGUAGUUACAUCCAGGGCUACACUUUCUCUCAGGCCGAUGUAGAGGUGUUCAGGCAGCUGGCAGGACCCCCUCCUGACCAUUACUUCCACGUGGUUCGAUGGUACAGGCACAUAACGGCGAUCUCAUCUAAUGCCACAGCACAGCGCGCCUCAAAUAACGCACACUCAUGCAAAGGGAGACGUACGCAGCCUCCGUGGUCACCUCCAGACACAUCAGAACAACCCAAACUGCGCCUGUACAACAGUCUAACUCGGAACAAGGAAGUGUUUGUUCCACAAAAUGGCAAAAAGGUCACAUGGUAUUGCUGCGGACCCACUGUAUAUGACGCCUCGCACAUGGGACAUGCAAGGUCCUAUAUUUCUUUUGAUAUCCUGCGAAGAGUUUUAAAAGACUAUUUUAAAUAUAAUGUUUUUUACUGCAUGAAUAUCACAGAUAUUGACGAUAAGAUAAUUAAACGAGCCAGACAGAACUAUUUGUUCCAACAGUACGAAGAAAGCCGGCCUCAGCCGGAUGCAUUACUGAAGGAUGUGAAGACUGCACUUGUGCCAUUUGUGCAAAAGCUAAGUGAGACGACCGACCCGGACAAGAAGCAGAUGCUAGAAAAGAUCCAAAAUGCAGUGAUAGCUGCCAUACAACCCCUGGAAGAAGCGAUCAAUAAAUCAGCUCCUGCUGAGGACAUUCAGAGUUGUGCGCAGACUUUACUGAAGGAAUCGUCCGAUCUGCUUUCUGAUUGGCUGGAUACCCAGAAAGGAGCACAAGUGACGGACAAUUCCAUUUUCUCUCAGCUGCCCAAUUUCUGGGAAGGAGAGUACCACAAAGACAUGGACGCUCUGAAUGUUCUACCUCCAGAUGUUCUAACACGGGUUAGUGAAUAUGUGCCAGAAAUUGUGGAAUUUGUGCAGAAGAUUGUAGACAAUGGUUAUGGCUAUGAGUCCAAUGGUUCUGUCUACUUCAACACAGCCAAGUUUCACACAAGUGAUAAACAUUACUACGCCAAAUUGGUGCCAGAGGCCGUCGGUGAUCAAAAAGCUCUUCAGGAGGGAGAAGGUGAUCUCAGCAUUUCCGCUGACCGGUUAAAUGAGAAGCAGUCACCCAAUGACUUUGCUCUGUGGAAGGCCUCUAAACCCGGGGAGCCAUCAUGGGAUUCUCCAUGGGGAAAGGGUCGUCCUGGGUGGCACAUUGAGUGUUCAGCAAUGGCAGGCUCCAUCUUGGGAGAAUCGAUGGACAUCCAUGGAGGAGGGUUUGAUCUGCGCUUCCCCCAUCAUGACAAUGAGUUGGCUCAGUCAGAGGCGUACUUCGACAAUGACUAUUGGGUGCGCUACUUCCUCCAUACCGGUCACCUGACCAUCGCAGGCUGCAAAAUGUCCAAAUCUCUGAAGAACUUCAUCACUAUUAAAGAUGCACUACAGAGAAAUACAGCCCGACAGUUGCGUCUGGCGUUCCUUAUGCACUCCUGGAAGGACACAUUGGAUUAUUCGACUAACACUAUGGAGUCUGCCGUCCAGUAUGAAAAAUUCUUGAAUGAAUUCUUUUUAAAUGUGAAGGAUAUUUUAAGGGCCCCAACAGAUAUUACAGGACAGUUCGUGAGGUGGCAGGAUCAGGAAAUUGAGCUGAACAACAGCUUCUAUGCCAAGAAGGCGUCCAUUCACGCAGCGCUGUGCGACAACAUUGACACACGAACUGUCAUGGAAGAAAUGCGAUCGCUGGUCAGUCAGUGCAACUCGUACAUUGCGUCCAAGAAAGCCACUAAACAACUGCCCAACAGGAUGUUACUGGAGAGCAUCAGCACCUACCUGACCAGUAUGCUCAAGGUAUUUGGAGCAAUAGAAGGAGAAGAGCCUAUUGGAUUCCCUGUAGGAGGAACUGGACAGAACAUUAAUCUGGAGUCCACUGUAAUGCCGUACUUACAAAUUCUGUCCCAGUUCAGAGAGGGGGUUCGACAAAUUGCCCGAGAGAACAAAGUGUUGGGGGUGUUGAAGCUGUGUGAUGCCCUUCGAGAUGACGUCCUGCCAGAACUUGGAGUGCGCCUGGAGGAUCAUGAAGGUCUGCCAACGGUGGUCAAACUUGUGGACAAAGAAACUUUGCUAAAGGAAAGGGAAGAAAAGAAAAUGGCAGAAGAAGAGAAGAAAAGGAAGAAGGAGGAAGCUGCCAGGAAAAAGCAGGAACAAGAGGCUGCAAAACUUUCUAAGAUGAAGAUCUGUCCCAGUGAAUUGUUUAAGACAGAAACUGACAAGUACUCCAAGUUUGAUGAAAAUGGGUUUCCCACGCAUGAUACAGAGGGCAAGGAACUAAGCAAAGGCCAGGCCAAAAAACUCAGGAAAUUGUACGACGCUCAAGAAAAACUUUACAAAGAAUAUCUGCAGAUGGUUCAGAAUGGAAACGCUAACUGACAUCCCCUUGGAAGGGAAAACUGUGAACAAACGUUGAAGGACCACGACU